AUGUGGAGUAUCCAGCCCCCCUCCGGUCACCUCCGGCCUCCACACUCCCUGUUCCCUUUGUCUCUGCUGGAGUGAAGGAGCUAGGCUGCCAGGGAGGGGGACCAGAAUCACUGGAUGGUCGCUACUCUUUUCCCCUUAGAUUUAGGUUUCGGAGGACCCCUUUGAAGGAGCACGUUUUUUCCUCUGUGAUAUUUUGCAGCACCCUUGCUGGAACGAUUUCCUGACCUUUUUGAUUGGCUGCUUUGAUUUCUUUGCUCGUCUACUGUGCUGCCGGGGGGUAAAGGGUCGAUCAUGCACCACCUGUGGCUGAUGCUGCUUCCCUUCCUGGGCCUGGUGAGCGUGGCGCCGGCCGAGAAGGGUCUGGAGUUCCCCCGCUACGACGGGAAGGACCGCGUCCUGGACAUCAACGACAGGAACUACCGCAAGGCCAUGAACAAGUACAGCAUGCUGUGUCUGCUCUACCACGAGCCCAUCCCCGACAGCAAGGAGCUGCAGAAGAAGCACCAGAUGACCGAGAUGGUUCUGGAGCUUGUGGCCCAGGUGCUGGAGGAGAAGGACAUUGGAUUUGGAAUGGUGGAUGCCAAGAAAGAUGCCAAGGUGGCAAAGAAACUGGGUCUGGAUGAGGUGGACAGCGUAUAUGUGUUCAAGGAGGACCGCGUCAUCGAGUUCGACGGUCUGCUGUCGGCCAACACCAUGACAGAGUUCCUGCUGGAUCUGCUGGAGGAUCCGGUGGAGGUGCUGGACAACGCUCUGGAGCUCAAGGCCUUCAACAGGAUGGAUGAAGAAAUCAGGCUCGUCGGCUUCUUCAAGAACCAGGAGUCAGAACAUUUCGAGGCGUUUAAAGAAGCAGCCGAGCAGUUUCAACCCUAUAUUAAGUUCUUUGCCACGUUUGAGAAAACUGUGGCCAAGCAGCUGACCCUGAAGAUGAACGAGGUGGACUUCUACGAGCCGUUCAUGGAGGAGCCCGUCACCAUCCCCGAGAAACCCCACUCCGAGGAGGAGCUGGUGGCCUUCAUUACCAAGCACAGACGGCCGACCCUGAGGAAGCUGCGUGCUGAGGACAUGUUUGAGACCUGGGAGGACGAUAUCGAAGGGAUCCACAUCGUGGCCUUCGCGGAGGAGGAGGACCCAGAUGGUUUUGAGUUCCUGGAGAUCCUGAAGGAGGUGGCCCGCGACAACACCCACCUCCCGGACCUCAGCAUCGUCUGGAUCGACCCCGACGACUUCUCUCUGCUGAUCCCGUACUGGGAGAAGACCUUCAAGGUGGACCUGUUCCGGCCUCAGAUCGGAGUGGUCAACGUCACAGACGCCGACAGCGUGUGGAUGGCGAUGGACGACGAGGAGGACCUGCCAACCGCCCAAGAGCUGGAGGACUGGAUAGAAGACGUCCUCUCUGGCAAAGUCAACACCGAGGAUGAUGAUGAGGAAGAUGACGACGACGAUGAUGAUGACGAUGAUGACGACGACGACGACGAUGACGAAGACGACGAUGAUGAUGACGAUGAUGACGAUGAUGAUGACGAUGACAGUGAUGAAGAUGAAGACGAUGAUGACGACGAUGAUGAUGAUGACGAUGAUGAAUAAUGAGUGAAUGGGAAUUUUCACUGAUUGUAAAUUGCUGCUGUGUUUGAUCCGGACAUCAAUAAAACAAUGGAGGAUGUU